AGCACUGGCGGAACUAUAAGAAGGCUGGGCCUCUCAGCUGACCAUUAUCAAACAGUGCUUGCUAACAGCAAAGUAAAUCGAGUUAAUUUAACUAUCUUCAAAGAAUAUAUAUAAAAAGACAACAUGGGUUGCAAGGCUUGUGGAACAAACUGCCAGUGCUCGGCCACCAAGUGCGGCGACAACUGCGCCUGCAGCCAGCAGUGCCAGUGCUCCUGCAAGAACGGACCCAAGGACAAGUGCUGCUCCACCAAAAACUAAAUACACAAGCACACCCUCCUUUUCAAGCUCCUCUGGCCUUGUGUGAUAUAUGUACAACCUCUUAUGAAAUCAAAAUAAAUCAACAAUCAACGCA